GCACGAUGGGGAGUUUAUCGAAGCAAGGUUACACGAUAACCUAUCCUAAUCAGAUCAAAUAAAUCCAGGCAUGGUAGCAUCUCCACCACCACAAUCGUUUGGAUCCAAACUCUUUGGGGUAGUACUUUCUUUAGCAGUAGGCUGCUUUGUCAUAUCCAAGUGGGGACCAGAUGAAGACUAUUUUGUAAAAAUACCUUAUACUCCAGAAGAAAUUGAACAACGAAAGAAAGAGGGUAAAGGAUUUAGUAUCAAACUAGUGGAUAAAGGUACAACACCUUACCCACGUAAAUCUGAAAUAAAAUCUGAAGCACAAAAACUUGCAUUGGAAGCUUGGAGCAACAAAGUUGGUAGAAUUCAAGAAGAAAUGUCAAUACUUUAUAAAAAGAGACAGAAAGAGCUUAGAAGGAGAGCUGUUGAUAAGUUGAUCGAACAACAUAGGAAAGAUUAAUACUUGUAUAUAGAAUUUUUAUUUUUUCAAUUUAAUAAAGCUUGGAUGGGAAUAGACAGUUGAAAAAAAAACAAAUGUAGCAAGAAGUAAGGUCCAAUAUUAGUUCCUAGUGCUUAUACAUGAACUUCAAGCUGAAAACUCUCUAAAACUUCUAUCCAACAUAGAAAACUUCUGAAAUCAAUUAGUUAUCUUAAUACUAUGAGGGACAAAACUGAAAGUGACGGCAACUGAGACUGGGAAACUGAAGGGUAAAGGGGUACUUGUGGAUACAAACGUCCUAAAAACUGUAGAUCGAUACAAAUCAACGUAGCAAUUUACAUAUAUAUAUAUAUUUCUCUGCUUCUGUCAAAGGUAUAGUCGAAAUCAACCAUAUGCGUUUACCCAAGCUGCUUUGUUUAUUAUCCUUCAAUAUGAGCAUCCUCCCAAUCUCUAUUAUUGACUCAGAAAAGUGGUACUUCAUCCACAUCAUUUAAAUAAGGUUGAUUUAAUAACAGGCAACUAUUCCUGACAUUGUAAUAUUACUUUAUACACUAGAAACUUCUGUGGUUGUAAAAAAAAACAUUUCGUGGUAACUACUUCUGUUAGAGCUUGUUUUAGGAAUGAAAAUGUAGACAAGACUAAACGAGUUCCAUAGCUUUUGAUAUUCGGAGUAGAUUCAAGGUUUUCCCAUUUGUUGCAAUAGUGAGUUCUAAAGAAUGAUCACCGUCAUUUAAUUUCAAGUAUAGAUAUUAACACUGAUUUCUAAAGAAUUCAAAUGUACUCCUCUGCCUUAACAUUUCAAAACCACCCGAGCCAAGAUUAUUCAUCUGGGGAUAUCACAAUACCCUAAUUUACCUGCAACUUCACUCCUUGAUUUUAACCUUUGACCACCUCAGUUCCAUGGAAAUGCAACCUCCAAACCAAUACCGCGGAUUAAAUUUUUUGUGUAUACUAGUGCCAUACACUAUUUCACCGUCUACUCCGAUCAUGUGAAAUAUUGUUUAACAAUAGUGACCCCCACUGUAUUGUCCAAUUUAUUUCGCCAUUAUAUUAACAAAGGAAGAUUGCUAGUGCCGAUUGCCUCAAGAUUUCCUUAUUAAGCUUCAAUAGACUAAUUAGGCAAGCCUCGGUCAUGUCUAAAUAUUUUUCGAUUUGUGUCAAUUCUCUCUAAAAUUCUCCUCAACGAAUAAUCCGCCAGAAAGAAAUAAGGUCCUUGUUCUCACAAAACAAUAAAUCCAUGACAAUAUGACUUCCCCAUCAGGUUAACUCCACGAACAAUCACUGCAUAUUAUAGCCUCAGGGCAACCUCCAUCCGCCCACAAAAAAAAUAUUAAUACCUUUGUCUUUCGAGGUACAAUGAAUAUUUUAUAAUCGCGGAAAUAUGAUCAAUUUCCG